UCAGGCACAAAUGUUCAUCGUUUGUCUCCACACCUGCCCCCUUCAAACUUCUUUCCCUAAAAGCAAAAACAUGUCUGAUUCUAUCCAAUCUCGUGGUGAACAAAAGGCCCGUAAGGCCAUCCUCUCUCUCGGUUUGAAGCCUGUUGCUGGUGUUAACCGUGUCACUUUCACCCGUGGUCGUACUUUGGUCUACGCCAUUGCUAACCCCGAGGUUUUCAAGUCCACCAACUCUGACACUCACAUUGUCUUUGGUGAAAUGCAAGUUGAAGAUAUGGCUGCUCGUGCUCAACAAGCUGCUUUGGAACAACAACUCGCUGCUGAAGCCGAAAAGUCUGGUGAAGCUGCCCCUGUUGCUGAACAAACUGCUGAAGUCGAAGAAGAUGACGAAGAAGUUGAUGCCACUGGUGUUGAAGAAAAGGAUAUUGAAUUGGUUGUCAGCCAAGCUAACGUCUCUCGCUCCAAGGCUGUUAAGGCAUUAAAGAACAACAACAACGAUGUUGUCAAUGCUAUUAUGGAACUCACCAUGUAAAUUUGGGAUCUAAUGUAAUAAAAAAAAAAUAAUAUCUUGUGUGUAUUUCACAUGAUAAUUUUUAACUUCUUCA